AUGGAUAUCACAAUAACAUCAAAAGAAAUAAUCAAACCAUCAUUGCCAACACCAAAUGAACACAAAUUCUUCAAACUAUGUCUCUUUGAUCAGCUUCAAUUAAUCACUUAUUUACCAAUGGUUCUGUUUUACCCCAAAAAAGAAGGCCUAACAGAAAUUUCCCAUUUCAUUGCUCAAUUGAAAAAAUCACUUUCUGAAACACUAACCAUUUUCUACCCUAUAGCAGGUAGAAGAAAAGAUCAAACAUUUAUCACUUGUAAUGAUGAAGGUGCUGUUUACUUGGAAGCCAAGGUAAACCAUACCAUGGUUGAAUUUCUCAAUCCACCUAAGCUAGAAUUUCUAAAUAAAUUGCUUCCAUGUGAGCCUAAUAAGAUGCAUCAAAAUGGAGAAGAUUUACCACAAGUACUUGUACAAGUUAACAUGUUCAAUUGUGGUGGAAUAGCUAUAGGUACUUGUCAUCUUCAUACCCUCCUUGACGGAUGUUCCGGCAGCCUUUUCCAAACUACUUGGGCUGCCAUUUGUCGAGGCUGCUCUAGCGACGAAUUACCACACCCCGAUUUCUUUACCGCUUCUUCUUGUUUUCCAACAAUAAAUCAUGGUGGUAAGAAUACUAAUGAGAGCUUUGAUGGACAAAAAAAAUGUAGCACAAGAAGAUUUGUGUUUGGUUCCGAAUCAAUCGACACUCUAAGAGAUAAAGCAAAAGACGACGAUGACAAUGACAAUGAUGAUGGAAGAUCAAAGUUUCCUACAAGAUAUGAAGCAUUGGCUGCUUUUAUUUGGAAACACAUGACACUUGCAUGUAAAAUUGAAGGAGGUGUAGAUAGCAAAAGACCAACAUUGGCUAUACAUAUUGUGGACAUGAGGAGAAGAAUGGGUGAGCCUUUUUCUAAAUACACAAUAGGCAACAUUUUGUGGCCAGUGAUGGUGUUAUGUGAAAAAGUUAAUGAAGAAACUAAUAUUAAACAUUUAGUUAAAAUUUCUAAGGAGAAAUUUAGUAAAAUUUCAAGGGAAUUGUUUUUAAGAGUGAAGAAUGAUCCAAGUAUAUUAGGGAGCAAUGAAUGUGUGGAUUUGCCACAAGGUAUAGAAACAAUAAGUCCAAUUCCAGUUGUUUUGACAAGUUGGUGUGGUUUGAAUUUUAGUGAGCUUGAUUUUGGUUGGGGGAAGCCAUUUUGGGUUGGUGUUAGAGGUGGUGAUCAAGAAACUCUUCCUAAUGUAGCUGUUAUUAUGGAAACAAAUGAAGGCAUGGAAGCUUGGGUGACAAUGGAAAUGCAACAUAUAGCUAACUUGGAAAAUGAUAUGGAGUUUCUUAAAUUAGCUUUGUCUAAUCCUAGUGUUUCAAAUGUUUAG